CAACUGGCAGUUUUAUUUAACAGGGUUUUAGCUUUAAAAAAACCCCAAAAUUCUAACAUGUCAAGGCCUCGUAAAGGUCCCCAUAGUGGGGAUGCUCCUCUAAAUGAAUCUUUGAAACAGCAAGGUAAGUACCAAAUUGCUGCAAGGAAUAGUUCAAGCCGGCAACCAGGGAAAGUGUUUGGAUGCUCAAAUUGGGGAAUGGCGGUCAACGUGUACUCUACCUCUAUAACCCAAGAGACUAUGAGCAGACAUGACAUCAUCGCAUGGGUUAAUGAUAUAUUAGCUUUAAACUACACAAAAGUCGAACAACUCUGUUCAGGAGCAGCUUACUGCCAGUUCAUGGACAUGUUGUUCCCAGGGUGCAUUAGCUUGAAGAAAGUAAAGUUUCAAGCAAAGCUGGAGCAUGAAUACAUUCACAACUUCAAACUUCUGCAAGCAUCAUUUAAAAGAAUGAAUGUGGAUAAGGUAAUUCCUGUGGAAAAACUGGUCAAAGGGCGCUUCCAGGACAACUUAGAUUUCAUUCAAUGGUUUAAGAAGUUCUUUGAUGCUAACUAUGAUGGGAAGGAGUAUGAUCCUGUGGAAGCCCGACAAGGCCAAGAUGCUCUUCCCCCACCAGAUCCUGGUGAACAAAUCUUCAAUCUGCCCAAAAAGUCUCACCAUGCAAACUCUCCGACUGCAGGUGCUGCUAAAUCCAGUCCAGCUUCUAAACCAGGAUCAACACCUUCUCGCCCAUCUUCAGCAAAAAAAGCUGCACCAAGCAGCUCAGCAUCCAAAUCAGAUAAAGAUUUGGAAACUCAAGUCAUACAGCUCAGUGAACAGGUACAUUCAUUAAAACUUGCACUUGAAGGCAUGGAGAAGGAAAGGGAUUUCUACUUUGGCAAAUUAAGGGAGGUUGAACUUCUCUGCCAAGAACACGGGAGAGAGAAUAAUGACCUUGUCAAUCGGCUAAUGGAAGUCCUUUAUGCUUCAGAAGAACAUGAGAGCCACACAGAAGAGCAUGAAGGUGAAGAGCAAGUCCAUGAACAGCCCCAGCAGCAGGAGGAGUACUGACUCACCCAGCGUCUCUGACAAUUUUCGUUUUGUGUGAGAACUUUCUUCUGGAGAAUGGAACAUGUGUGGCCUCAAACUUGAAACCAGUUCACUCCCAGUCUGCCAUUAACAUUUAUGUACCAUAGUGAGUGCCAGCCAACCACUGCAUUCUGUACCCAUAUUUUGCCAAGAUGCAUUUGCAGACGUCUUCUUUCAGUGUAUCUUCCCAAGAGGUUGUAGGGCUACAUCACCUACUGUACAUCACUGCAACUUCACCACUUGGCUGCUUGAGAUUUGUUCUGCUCUUUAAAAAAAAAAACAAACAAAUAUAUAUUUAUUUUUUUUUCUUUUUUGUCUUAAGUAUGAUACACUUGUAACUUGUUCUAACAUAUUUAUAUUGGCAUUUUGUGUGGCAAGAAGUACCGUACCACUAGCUGUGUCUCUCACUUUGUGGUGCUUUCGCGUUUUCUAGUACAUCUGCCUUGGGGCAUAAAUUCGGUCAAAGAAUUGGAAUAAAGGGAUACAGUGGAAGUCAUACUCAAGCCAUAACGACGAGGUGUGUUGUGGAGGAAAAUGCUCGUGUUGCUCACGUUUAUUCCUUUCCUGCCUUCACAAAAUGGAAGGCAGAUCAUCUGUUUCGCUAGGAGAGAUUUAAACCCCUGUGUUAGAAAGCUUGUUAGAAAGCCGCAUGGUAUGUUUUUUGGCUUAUUUCUGGAGGAACAGACAUCCACUUAAGUUUUUUGAAAAGCCUCCCAGUUUCCUGACUAGUCAAUAGACAUUUCCCAGCUUUUUUUCCUUCCUGAGGAAUCCAGUCCCAGCUUCCAGCUUCAGCUCUGCCUCCGCAGAGCUCAGUGCUAACAGAGGAGAGAAAUCUCCUUGACACAAGUGUAGCUGCAGGACACGAUCUCUGCCGUCAUGCUUGGCUUCCCACCCCUCAGAAGAGGACAAAGUAGGCCAGCCAUUUCUUUUUGCUAUCCUUCCCCCCUCUGCUGCCCCGGCCAUACAAGUAUGGAAGACAGAAAAUUUCCUCGCUAGUGCGAGGCAUGGGGAAAAGCCAGCAACAGCACUAGCCAUGAACUUCCACUCCGACGUGGGUGGUGGACACCUCACGGGUGUCGAGGCUGCUUCCAAAGCGUGGAGAGGCAGUGAGGAGUCCUCCUGGAGACAGAGCACACAUCAGAGGGGGACCAGGUGACCGAGGGGCACGGAGCUGGUUCUGCGCUUGGCUGACCUUCCCCUGGCAAGGCCGGCGGGGUGCAGAACCGCAUCUGCCCUGGAGAUGUCUGCAGUGAGAGCGUUCCCCUCCAGUGUGGUCCCAUCGCCCUGUUCGAAAUGAUGGUGUUUUAUAAACAGAAGUAUCUUGAAGUGUAUAAAGCAUUCCUUACUUUUCUCGUAAAACUGUGCGUUGUAGUCUCUCUGAGUAUGUAAUGCUUGGGAUUCUUGGGUCUCUCACUUGAUUUUCUUCAUUCUGGAGUGUUGUGCUGAUUUAGCAGGUACAUGGAAGUCCCGUCCCAAUUGGCAGCCACUGAAAAACUCUCCAAAGCCUAUUGAACAGCUAUAAAUCAUCCUAGACCUUCAUGUGCUCCUAGAGCCUAAGUUCCAAGCUUACGCUUCCAUGAGAGUUUCUCAAUUUCUCAACCCCCAGCGCGCACACACACACGCACGCAUGCACGCGCCGUUUUCUGUUCCUCAUCAAUCUUUUGCAGCUAAGUGGCUCUUAGUUAAAUGUGAGAUCCCGGCUGUCGUGUUGCACCACAGACAACAUAUUAAAUACUGUUAAGCAUUAGAACAGGUAUUUCCAGUUCCUUGAUUGCUCCCCCUGCUCAGCAGAAGAGUUCCUGGCCCCUGCGGGCUGAAGGUUUCCCAGCCCUGCCUCCAGCAUUGACCUCACGUCCUACCCGGUGAUGAAAUGCACGUACUGCAGCCUGCAGGCCAGCGCUUUCCUUUCCCGUUUCCAUUGGUUACAAAAACGGUCUGCUUUAUACAAAUGUGUAUAUUCCAAAAUAAGUAUUUCCAAGAAUCACCACAAAUGGGGGAAUUGUCAUUUUCGUUGUAUUUGUGUUUAUUAGAACAUAUGUACUUAUUACAAUUGUCAUUGUAAUAAAUGGUAGUUCUUCAUAAUACUGUUGAACCGAGGAGCAGUUACUAAUUUUUUUUCCAGUCUCCAGAAUGUCCUUUAACCUGUGUGGGAUUUCUGAUGGGGCGAGGAGUUUGGGAUCAGGCUGUAAACUUAAUUUCAUCCGCGCCAGUCUCUGCUUACUGCAGCUCGUCCUUCUGCUAACGCUCGAGCAGAUGCAUGGAGAGCACUUCAAGAGGAAAUGUUUUUCUGAAGGUGCAAUCGGUUGGGUUGCGGAGCUCCCCGGGGGGUUCGUAGCCAGGCUGUUGUGCCUCUCUCCUUUUCUCUCUUUGAAGCACAUUUUAAAAAAAAUUUUUUUAAAAAGGUGAACUUCAUUUCCUGAAAAUUCCUUAUAUCCUAUUUCUGGUCUGAGGACCACAGCCCUCUCACUGCUUGUAUUAAGGGGGAAGUGACUGAGCCAGGGAGCCAGGGCAGUAAAGUACCUCGAGGGCGCUAGAAAUUCGGCUGUGCUGAGGG